GCCUUGGACACCAUGAACUUUGACCUCAUGCAGGGGAAGCCCAUGCGUCUGAUGUGGUCGCAGAGAGACCCUUCGCUGAGGAAGAGCGGCGUGGGAAACAUCUUCAUCAAGAACCUGGAGAAAUCCAUCGACAGCGAGGGCCUGUACGACAUCUUCUCCUCCUUCGGGACCAUCUUAUCCUGUAAAGUGGUUUGCGAUGAAAACGGGUCGAAAGGCUUUGGGUUUGUGCACUUUGAGACGCAUGAAGCUGCUGGAGAAGCCAUCGAGAAACUAAACAGCAUGUUGAUCAAUGAGCAGAAAGUGCGGGUGUUCGUGGGUCGUGCUCAGAAGAGACGAGAGCGUCAGGUGGAGCUGAAGCGGCGCUUCGAGCAGAUCAGGCAGGAGCGCAUGAUGCGCUAUCAGGUAUCAGACACUCUGCGUUUAUCACACAGACUAAAGGUCAUGCACUGCAAUCAGCAGAACUACAAAGAUGAG